AUGGUUGCAUCAUUCUUCAUUAUUGUUUUGCUUCUCUUUACUCAUCAGUCCUUUGCUCAACUUUAUCAAGGAGAGCAUUGUGACCUUGGAUGUUUAUUAAAGAAACUUAAUCUUACAAUAGAACUUGGUAGAAAUGAUGCAUGUGCUAGUGAUAUUGGAACUGCUCAAAUGUGUUUUAAAUCAAUAAAUAUUAAUUCAAUUGAACUUGGUGAAUUAACUACUACAGAAGAUAAUGUAACAAAUCCACAAUCAUUAACAGUUAAUGUUGGAGUAAAUAGUAUAUAUGCUAAAGCUGUUUUUUGGUUAUACAAAGACACUGAUGCAGAAGUUGGUGAAAUGGAAUUUGUUGUUAAAAAUAUUAAAGUAAGUAUAACUCUUGAUUUUGAAACAGAAGAGUAUCUAGGAUAUAAUAUUGUUAAAAAAGUAUUUACUAAAAUAACUGUUUAUGAUGGAAUAUCUUUUGAAAAUGUUGUUUGUACAUGUUAUGAUGGAGGAUUUUUUACUGACCAUACUUGUUGGUGGAUUAAAACUACUGUUGAUAUAGCUAAUGGACUUCUUGAUACUAUUGUUCCUAAAGUACUUGAGAGUCAAAUGUCUAACAUUGAAGAAUCAGUAAAUACUGCUUUAACUGAUUUAUUUGUUAAUGUCAAUGAUAAUUAUAUUAAACCAUAUAUUGGUAAUCUUGAUCCUCAAUAUAUUCCUGUUCCAGAAGGAAUGAUGAACAUAACUGAAAGUUCAAUGUUUGAUAUGAUUUCUUGGGCAACAACUUAUUUACUUGGAGGUAAUACUUCACUUGGAUUAAAUAAUUUAAUUAAUAGAUUCACACAAAAUACAGGAAAUAUUGUUGUUGGAUCAAAUAAUAAUGAUACAUUCUCAGAAUUAUCUCCAUUAAUUGUAGAGUUAUUAACUUUCAAUGAUAUUGAUUUAGGUGAUCUUAAUGCUACUUUAGAUUUAGGAAUUACAUUCUUUAAUAUUAGUGGAUUAAAUACUUGUAGUAAAAUGGAAUUCUUUGAACCAUUAAGAAAUACUAUUGAUCCUGCUACAAAUCAAUCAAUUUGUAAUACUUUAGAUACAUGUGAUCAACAAUUAAAACUUUCAUCUGCCCUUGAUCGUUUAGAAAUUAAUAUAACAUUUGCACUUAAUAUUACUUCUAAUAGUACUACAUUAGAUAUGGAAGGAGAGGUAUUACAUGAAGAAGGUAAUUUAUACAUUAAAGUAACUGAUAAUUAUAUGGAAGGAAGAGUUCAAGUCGCUAUUCCAGAAGGACAAUUUGAGGAGUAUUCAAAUAACCAAUGCACUAAUAUUACUUGUUGGUUAGCAUUAUUCCAAAAUGGUACUGGUAUUCCAUACCUUCAAUUUAAUACAUCAUUGGAUUCUUUACACUUAAAUGCUGGAUCACCUGAUGCAACAAGUGAUUUAGAUAGAGGGGUUCAAAGUUUAAUUAAUUCUGUUGCUGAUGUAUUUAUUAAUAGAUAUAAAGCAGUUAUUCCUGUAUUCUUAAAUGGGUUGGUCAAUAAUCUUGGAACUGGUUUUAUUAAUGAUUACCUUAAUGAUAAUUUAAAUGCUACUUGUGAAGAAAAUCCUGAUCCUGAAGUAAAAGAGUAUAAACCAGUUAUUGUGGCAUCAACAAUUUCAAUUGCAGUUGUAUUAUCUAUUAUAUUAUGUGCUAUUGCAAUUAUUGUUUUAGUUGUUAAAUGGAGAUUUGGAAAGAAUCAUGAAGAGUCAUCUGUAACAACUACAGGAGAAAGUAAAGAAAGUGAUUCAUCAAGUGAAGGAGAAAAAGAAAAGAAACCAUUUUUACAAAGAUUAAAAUCAUUCCCAUUAUGGUUCUGUAAACAAUGGUUAAGAACAGAUGAAAAAGGAGCAUCAUUAUUCCUUCAUCCUCGUGUUAAUAUUGUGAUUAGAGUUAUUAUGCCAUUCUUAAUUCUUUUGAAUAUUGCAUUAUUUAUUACAUCUAAUACAGGUACAGGAGCUACAGUUAAUGCAUAUAUCUCAAUUGGAAGUGGUCAAGUUAUUACAAUGCCAGUUUCUGAUUUUGGGUUAAUGAAUUCAGUAGAAGAUAUGUGGACAGCUGGAGUAUAUCCACUUGCUGUUUUAAUUAUGGUAUUCUCUGGAAUUUGGCCUUAUACCAAAUUAGUAAUUUUAUUAUUCACAUGGUUUAUGCCAUCAACAUUAGUUGUUCCUAAAGUAAGAGGUAUUAUUUUAAAAGUAUUAGAUGCAUUAGGUAAAUGGUCUAUGCUUGAUUCAUAUGUUAUGGUAUUGAUGAUUGUUGCAUUUUACUUUGAUAUUCCAUUACCAAUAAGACAUCCAGAAUCUAUUAAUGAUCCAGUCAAGAUCAAUUUAUAUGUUUAUCCAGCAUAUGGAUUUGUUACAUUGAUGUUAGGAACUAUUGCAUCAUUAAUUAUGUCACAUGUUGUUGUAGGGGUACAUAAUGUAGUUCUUCAUGACAAACAAAGUAAUCAUGGAGAAGAUGGACAUAAGUGGAGGCCAUUAUUCUUUUAUUGUAGAUUCUUAGUUACAAAGAUCAUUGUACCAAUUUUCUUAUUUAUUUCAUUUGUAUUAUUAGUAGUUGGUAUGUUCUUAAUUUCGUUCUCAUUUGAUUUCUUAGGACUUGCAGGAUGGGCAUUAGCUAUUCUAGGACAAUCUCCACGAAGAGAAUUCUCUGUUGUUGAUCUUGGAACACAACUUCCAGGUGCUACUAGAGAACCAAAUAGUUUUGCUGUUAGAAUAACUCAAAUAGUAUAUUUCAUGACAAUUAUUGUCUUACCAAUUCUUCAUAUGAUAUCAUUAUUUGUAUUAUGGUUUGCACCAUUACAACGACGAUUCCAAAGUUUCUUAUAUCAUUGUUGUGAAGUAUUAUAUGCAUGGUCAUGUAUUGAUGUUUUUGUAGUUUCAGUUAUUGCUGCUAUUGUUGAAUUAUCACAAUUUGCAUCAUUUAUGGUUGAACCAUAUUGUGCAGCUAAAAUUCCACAACUUGGAGCUAGUAUUGAUGAUAUUGUAGCAGAGUUCUUUGGAGAAGAAGAACUUAUUAAUGGGCAUGAAACAUGUUUUGAAGUUAAAGCCAAUCUUGAAGGAGGGUGUUGGUUAUUAUUUGUAGCAGUUAUUAUUUACACAGUUUGCUCAAUUGCAAUUAUGAAAAUUACAAAGAGAUGUCUUGCUAAAAGACUUCCAACUGAAGAAGAAAGAGCUGUAAUGAAUGGAACACAGAUCGAAAUGGCAGAAAAACAAGAAGAAGAUAAAGAGGAUAAAGAUAAUACAAAUAAAACAGAAGAAAAGAAAGAAAGCGACGAUAAUGACUCAUAUUCUCCACAAGAAAGUGAAGAAGAAAACACUUCUUCUGAGUCAAUGAAAAUCGAAGAAGCAAGUGAUGAAUAA